AUGGGGUGUUCCACAUCUACAGUAUCUCCUGGAGAAGAAGGGAAAGCAAAGGCUAUCACGAAAGACAAAAAUACAUUCAAAGAUAAAAAGCAAAUUGUAGCUAAUGGACAUGCAGAAGCGACAACAGAGUGGAGCAAGCAAACUAUCGAUAACAACGGAAAUAAGUUGAAUUCAUUAUCACAAACACCAGUUCCCAAAAGUGUGGCAUUCGAUGUUACCCUUGAUGGUCUCGAUGCUGCAUUAGGCGGCAAGAAACGACCUCAGAAACUACAAACCCUGGAACCUCUUAGUGUUCCAAAGUUAACAGCCGAACAGCUGCAGGAGAAACAGAGGCUUGCAGACGAAAAGAGAGAAAAGCUGAAACAGAGGAAAAUCAGUGCAUCCCAGAAGUCCUCUAGACGGCGGCGUCAAUUGCUGGAGGCUCGUGAAUUUGAAACGAAAAUUCUCAAUGAACAAAACAAGGUCAAGACUAUGCAGAACUUGGAUGAUGAUGUCGAAGUGGACAAAGAUACAGAGUUCCACACUGCCGACAUGUGGCGUGGCACCCCUGACAGAACACACCAUCUCGACGACGACGAGGACUUAGAAUACAGUCCGCAGAAAAGGGUGGGAGGACAAGAGAGGCCAGCAGGAAGUGCCAGCACAGUGGACAGUUAUGACGCUGCAUUUAUGAGAAGCAGCACCAAAGAAAUACAGAAGUUACAGCCAAUCCACAACCUUGGCAACAACGUACAUGUUAUGAGUGACGACUUCUUUGACUCUUGA